AAUAUCACAAGAAGAUAGAAGUAAAAGAUAAAAAAGUAAAAAGAUAAAAAGUUUGAAAAUCAGCUAAAAGUUACAAACAAAACCAAUAAAGUAAAGGGAAAUAAACUAAUUAUUUUUAAGUCACGAAAAUUGAUGAAAAAUAAUUACUCAAUGGCUCCUAAACCUAUUGUAUUAUCAUCGCCGAACUGUCAGUGUCUGCUCGGAAUCUACUAAUUCGAGCUUUGCAGUAUGUACUUGGCCAUGGCGAAAGCUCGUGGUAUUUUUCAAAUAUAUAAAAAAGUUCUUGCAAGGCGACCCUACUUAGUUCAAGCUAUUCAAACUGGAGCUUUAAUGGGGGCUGGUGAUAUUAUUUCGCAAACUUUAAUAGAAAAAAAGUCCAUAGCUGCUGUUGAUUUUAAAAGAACUCUUCAAUUUUCAUCUAUUGGAUUCUUUGUUGGUGGUCCAGCUUUACGUGUAUGGUAUGGUCUUCUAAACAAACAUGUAGGUGCCAGUGGUAAAACUGUAGCCAUGAAAAAAGUAUUUGUAGAUCAAUUCAUAUUUGCACCAACAUUCUUAUUUUUUAUCCUAGUGGCUGUUGGUACUAUGCAAGGAAAGCCUUGGGAUUCAAUAAGAAGGGACAUUAGUUAUAAUUAUUUAGAUGUUCUAAAAACUAACUACUAUAUUUGGCCUUGGGUACAAUUAGUUAAUUUUUAUUAUAUUCCCCUACAAUAUCAAGUAUUAUUAGUGCAAUUUGUUGCACUUUUUUGGAAUACAUAUUUGUCAUGGAAAACCAACAGUAAACGGCCAGUAGAAUAAAAGAAGUACUGAUAUAAAUAGGUAAUAAAUCUAUAUUUUUCUGAAGGUUACACUUUGUAUAAAUUGAUUUACCAUCUUUAGCCAUUUUUUAUUACAUUCUGUUUGCCUGAAAAUAAGAGACGGAGAAGGGGUCGUACUUAGCAGAUAAAAAAUGGUAUAUUUCCCAUUUUGUAUUGGUAUGUUGCCUAGGCUAAACUGUCACUUUAUUUGUUAUGGGCACCUUUUUAUGUAGCAAAUGCACUGUUUCUGUUACCUCUAGCUCUCUUGGCAAAUGUUUAUUUCUAAUAAAAUUAUAAUCUCAGAUAAAAAUUAUGUACAUAAACUUUGCCCCAUUUACAAUAACAAUAUUUAGUGUAAAAUCCAACUAUUGCCCAUACAAAAAUUCAGUUACAAAUUGGAAAAGUUUAAGACCAAAUAUAUUUUGUUCAGUGAACAUUUUAUAGAGAUUGAGUAUUUCUUAUAUUUUUACAUGAAAUAGUAAGUAGUAUGCCAAUAAUUGGGUUGAUGCCAAUAAAAUAGCUACCUUAACUGAAGUAAGGAGGUACUAAAAUCAUAUUUAUUACAUUUGCUGUUGUAGAAUGCCCAAUACAUGAGUUAUUUACUUGCGAGAAAGUUGUGUUUGUAAUUGAUUGUUAGUUUCUUAAAGUAGGUAACAUGUAUUUUUUUUUUUUUGUAUUCAAUACAUAAAGGUAUAAUUUAAGUAUUAAAUCAGGUUUCCUACUGAAUCUGUGGAUUUU